UUGUGCGGUGUAAACAUUUGACCGCUAGAGGGCGAAAUUGGUCUGUGUUUAUGCAUCAACAACAUGGAUAACGGGACAGGUACGCGAACAUCACAAGAAACGUUACUAUUGCAUUAGUUGCAAUUACACAGCAGGUACCGUCGCUACUUCGAUGGCCCACGGGUGAUGCAAAUAACGAUGCGGCACCACUGGCUGCUCGUCGGGGCUUGCGGCUGGGUGUUGCUCAUCCUCGUUUUUGCCAACAAGUUCAUCAAUUUUAACGCCAGAACCACGGAUGACUAUGGGGAGAAGACUGAGAUGCAGAGUUGGACUCAACCAGGAGUUAAGACCAUCAAAUCACUGCCAGCUCAGAAAUCAGACAGAAGAGCUCCCAAGUCAUCAAACCUGUCCUCAGUAGGCCCCUCCAUGGCCAACCCAACAGACUGGAACACUGUGGAGACGAGGCGUCGGGAGCUGCUGUCAGCCGUGUGUAAGAACGACUCCCUCAAGAACCUCACUCACACCUCAAUCAACAAGUUUGUCUUGGACCGCAUCUUUGUGUGCGACAAGCACAAGAUCCUCUUCUGCCAGACCCCCAAAGUGGGCAACACUCAAUGGAAGAAGGUCCUCAUCGUUCUCAAUGGAGAGUUCUCCACUGUGGAGGAGAUCCCAGAGAACCUGGUUCAUGACCAUGAGAAGAACGGACUGCCCCGCCUCUCCUCUCUGACGGAGAAAGAAAUCACUAAAAGGUUAGCCACAUACUUCAAGUUCUUCAUCGUCAGAGACCCGUUCGAGCGCCUCAUCUCCGCCUUCAAGGACAAGUUUGUGAAGAACCCGCGCUUCGAGCCCUGGUACAAGCACGACAUCGCUCCCGCCAUCAUCCGCAAGUACCGUAAGAGUCACCGUGACAACGACGACAACCAGGCGACUACGGGCCUGCGCUUCGAGGACUUCAUCCGUUACCUGGGCGAUGAGCCCGGGCGGCGCCGCAUGGACCGUCAGUUUGGGGAGCAUGUUAUCCACUGGGUGACGUACGCGGAACUCUGCGCCCCCUGUGACAUCACGUACAGCGUCGUGGGGCACCACGAAACUCUAGAACGCGAUGCCCCCUACAUCCUGAAAGCUGCCGGGAUCGAGCGUCUGGUAUCGUACCCCACCAUCCCCCCAGGGAUCACCCGUUACAACCGGACCAAGGUGGAGCGCUACUUCUCAGGCAUCAGCAAGCGGGACGUCAGGCGGCUUUACGGCCGGUACCAAGGAGACUUCAGCCUCUUCGGCUACCCGAGCCCGGACUUCCUGCUGAACUGAACAACAACGACACUAAAGAAAGACUGUUUUGCAACAAUAAUAUGUCUCUCUAAUCUAACAUGCAUCUUAAUCAGUGUGUGGUUUACUGAAGAGGUAGGGAGGGUGUAGCUAGCUAGCCGCCUAGCCUGGCUGCUCUAACUAGGAGCCAUAGUAGAGACUAGUGAUCCCCACCAUCCGGGUUCAAGCCAGGGAGGGAUGGAGACUACAGGUUGGUCUGAUAUAACGUGCUGAUCUGCGGUAGGAUGAUCGUCACUCCUCUACCUGGCUGACAGUAAUUCCUGUCUCGACCUAGCAACACUUCCUGCCUCUGCCUAGCAACUGUCACCAUGGGCGAUGACUGUACUACAUGCCUCUACUUCCUGGUAGCUGUCACCAUGGUGGCUAUGAAUGGCAUGAGGACCGAGUUGAUGGAGAGUUACUCACUAUGGUCAUGGUUAAUGGCUGUAUUCGCCAUACGACCAAUGAAUUAAGUGCCACAUUUCAAUGUUAUUUAACAAAGCUUUUUGUAUUAUAACUUUAUUUAAACCAGAGAUUACUGUUACAUACUGUGCUAAAUUGUACCACCCUCUGCACUACUUCCACACAAAGCAGUUCUGCAUUAUGGACUAACACUGAAGUGGGUCUGGGAGACAGUAGCCUGGUUAAACCAGACUGAAUGCUGAGCACACCAUUGAAACGUAGCAGAAUCAGUUUGAAUGUGAGGUUAUAGAGAUGGUAGUGAAACACUAACCAGUUAACAAUAUCAGAGCCCCAGCUCUCUUCCCUCCAGUCUAACCGCUCAUACAGAGUAAAGCAACUCCAUCUAGCUUCAAGACUCGGCACCUAUAUAAAUGGUGUGAUUUUGUGACCUCAAAGGGUUGACAAGGGCUGAGUGGGAGGAGUCGGUGUCUGCAAUGCCUGUGUUCAGGUGACAGGGGGAAGGGUCACUGUGGCGUAACUCCUGCUGAUUGGCUGAAGCUACUACAGUGGAUAAUACUAUGCCUGUAUUAUGUCAUGGGGUGUACAGUCCCUGGGUCUUACCUCAUGUUCCCGUCCAGUACAGUAGACAGACAGAUAUAUAGAUGUCCUUCAGGGUUAAUCCAGUUAAAUUCAGCCCAGACACAUAAUAUGGGAUCAUGGCAAUAGGGAUUGGAGGCAUACAGCCAACCCUCUUCUAUACCAAUACUUAUGUCAAAGAAGGUGGAUGAACAAAGAUGUCUUACUCAGGCUGUUUACGUUCUACUUAUUAAGGGGUGGCUCUCCCAUAGACACCAUUGCCAUAGCAGCUGUGUCUGGUCUACUUAGUUCCUUGACUGUAUAUAAACCAUAAAGUGAGGGAGUGGGAUGCCUCGCUUCCUCUUCCGUCUCAGUUUGCCACCUGUAAGGGCAGUACAUUAGACUACAUUGGCACUGUACCUGGGAGAAGGAAAAAAUGGUUUCACUUUCUCAUCCUCAGAACUGUUAUUUCACAAUUGAAUUCCAUGAAUUGUCUUAUUCUUCAUCCUAAACACGCCGCCGUCCAAUGGCGUCCAUGAAGAGAAGUGAGUGACAGUUUCCUGUUGACCUUUUUUAAUCAACCAAUGUUUGGUAUGGUCAGUCACAUGGUAUUGACAGAGCUAGGUGGACAGGCGAUGGUUACUGAGUAAUAAAGGUUUCAUGUCAAAUAUAAAA